AUGGCUUCACUUCAGCCCGUCUCUCCCCUCCUCUUCCUCCUCCUAUUGUCGGCCUCUGCCUUCAGUAUCGCCACCGCCCGCAGCCCCUCGAAGCACCACCACCUCCGCCUCUACGUCCACAACGUGACGGCUGUGCUAUCCGUGAGCCUCGGCAACCCCCGCCACUUUGGCGACCUCGUCGUCUUCGAUAACGUCCUCCGGGCAGGUCCCGAGUCAAACUCGCAGCUCCUGGGCGCCAUGCAGGGGCUCGGGGUCUCCGACGACAUGACCGACCUCACCUCCGGAACCAUGUUCAACCUCGUGUUCACCGGCGGCAAAUACAACGGGAGCUCGAUCGCCGGCCUGGGGUUGUUCCAGUCGGUCGGCGUGUCGGAAUACACCAUCGUUGGUGGAUCCGGGAAGUUCCGGCUGGCGGCAGGCUACCUCUUGAACAGCCAAGUCAACUCCACCACAACCCUCACAGCAAAAAUAGAUGCUUACUUUGCUUCAAAUUAA